AUCUUGAAAACUUGUUGGAUUUCGGUGGGAACUAAAGAUGCCCUUCCUUUCUCCAGUGUGCCAGUGCGCCGUCGGUUCGAGCGGUUUGGAUGUUUUGGAAGGAUGGUGGCAGCCGGAGCAGCAGCGGCCGGGAUCAGAACGGCGUCGGUCCCUUCGGCCAAGUGCGCGGCCUCAUAGUCGGUGAUUCAGGGUGUUGCGAGAUCGAAUCGAUCAGCCGACGAGGCGAUGGCUAGCUCGCCGUCGAGGCUCUGUUCCGAUGAGGAGCUGCAGAAAGCAAGGGUGGAUCUGGAUGAAUUCAUCGCCGAUGAAGACGAGUUCGAGUGUCUAAGCGGUGACGAAGAUGAAGAGGGCAAUAAAGAGGAGGGGAAGGAGACACCGAGACAGAAGAAUAAGAAGAAGAAGAAGGUGGUGGUGCCGAUGGAGACGGUGCAGACGUUCCUCAACUACAAGUGCAGCAUUCCAGUCCGCGAGCACGAAAGCGAGCAUUCUGGGGACAUCGGGACCUUGUCCAGGGUAAGUAAUGUCUUUACCAGGCAUUUUUUGGACAGAAUAAGCGCCCUCCAAGACAAACUGAGGCAUGAGGUGGAGGCCAAAGGCUAUGCCGAAUACGAGGCCACUGAUGACGACGACGAGGAGGAGGAGGAGGAAGUGCAGGAGGAGAAGCACGAAGACACACCACCAGCCAGCAGCACCAAUGCUGCAAUGCACCAUACUGGGGCUUGAUGCUGUCGGGGAUGGCUGCCUGAAGCUAAAUAAAAUUUUUUAAUAUAUUUGUUUUUUUAUUUCGGGGGUUUUUCGAGAUAUAGUUGUUAUCUUUUUUCCCCCAAAGUUUCAACACUUAUUAGACAACAAUAAUUUAGUUGUCUUUUCUUCACGAUUCCAA